CGCUCCCCGCCCCGCCGGGAAGAGGCGGCGGCCAUGAAUGCCGGGGGUCCGUUCCGCGGGCCGCCCGCCUUCCCGCCGCCGCUGCGCUUCGGGCAAGCCGCCGUUUUCGGGCAGGGCGGCGGCACCGCCGGCCUUCCGUUUGGCCCCGGGCCCGCCGCAUUCGGGCCGCCCUACGGGCUAGGCCAGGCGCCGGCCUUCGCGGCGGCGGGCAGCGGCGGGGCCCCGGCGGGCAACGCGCGGUUCAGCUUCAAGCCGCCCACCAACUUGGGCGGCUUCCCGGGGCUAGGCGAGGGGCCGGGCGGCGGCGGCGGCGGGGCCUUCGCGGCGCCCGAGUUCCGCUUCAAGGCGCCGGAAAGCGCCGGCGCCUUCAAGCCGCUGUCGGGCGGCGAGGCGGAGAAAGGCCCCGCCGCCCCCGCCGCCUUCACCUUCUCGCCGCCCUCCGGCUUCGCACCCGAGGCAGGCCCGGAGGCGGCGGCGGCGGGGCCUUUUUCCUUCUCGCGCCCCGCCGCGGCUCUGGGCCGGCCGGAGGAGAAGGGCCCGCGGCCGCUGUUCGAGGAGGCGGGAGAGCCGGCGCCCAAGGGCCUGAAGCGGAAGGAGGAGCGGGAGCGGUCGCCGCGGCGGGCAGCGGCGGGCGGGCGGGCAGCGGUGGCGCCGCCGGAGAAGCGGCCGGUGGUGCUGAGCCGCCCCCGCGGGGGGGCGCUGUUCGGGCGCAUGCUGCGGGAGGUGCUGCGCAGCCAGGGCCGCGCGCACCGCGACCGCGGCGACGCCGAGGGCGAGCGGGGCCCCGCCGAGGAGCCGCCGCCGGCCGAGCCCCGGGAGCCGCCUCGCGAAGAUGCGGCCCCCGCAGCCCACGCCCGGCGGGCGCGGGGUGACAGCGUGGAGGGGCCGGGGGGGCCGUCGUCCGGCGAGCUGACGGCCAUCCAGUGCAAGAACGUGCCGGACUACCUCAACGACAGGGCGGUGCUGGAGAAGCACUUUGGCCAGUUCGUGAAAGUCCGACGGAUCAUGACCAGGCACAACAAAAAGAUGGCCAUUAUUCACUUUUUUGAUCAUGCCUCUGCAGUUCUUGCCAGGAAAAAAGCAAAGGAGCUGCACAAAGACAUAGUCACAUUUUGGCAAAAGAAGAAAACAAGUCCAGCAAAAAGAGAAUUUUCAUCUAAGGAGAAGAAAGCAGGGGAUGAUGAGGGACGGCCAAGCAGCGAAGAGCAGAACUAUCAGCAUUCCCCACUUCGAAAACCUUUAAUAAGAUCCUCUGCUGGCAGUGGUGUGACUGGUAAAAGUUCUCCAGCAAAGAAGCCUGGUCUCCGAAAGGUGCUGCAGUUGGAGGCAGAUAUGUUUGAUUCCAGUGCUGAAGUGCAGAGCUCGGAGGCCCUGGGAGCUUCAUUGUCAUCUCUCAGUAAUCUGGUAGGAGUAGUGGCUGAGACAUCUGAAGAAAGAUACCGUCUUUUGGACCAAAGAGACAAAAUCAUGCGACAAGCUCGGAUAAAAAGGACUGAUCUUGGCAAGGCAAAAACUGUUGUUGGCACUUGCCCAGACAUGUGUCCUGAAAAGGAGCGCUACAUGAGGGAGACAAGAAACCAGCUCAGUGUCUUUGAAUUGCUCUUAGGAUCUGACAAGGUAGAUCAUGCGACAGCCAUCAAGGAAUACAGCAGGUCUUCAGCAGAUCAGGAGGAACCUUUGCCCCAUGAACUGAGGCCCUCUGAGGUGUUGAGCAUGACCAUGGACUAUUUAGUGACAAAUAUUAUGGAUCAAGGGGAAGGAAACUACCGAGAAUGGUAUGACUUUGUCUGGAACAGAACUCGUGGAAUAAGAAAGGAUAUAACCCAGCAACAUCUCUGCAACCCACUGAUGGUGUCUCUGAUUGAGAAGUGCACUCGCUUUCACAUCCAUUGCGCUCACCACUUGUGUGAAGAGCCCAUGUCCUCCUUCGAUGCCAAAAUCAACAAUGAGAACAUGACUAAAUGCCUGCAGAGCUUGAAGGAGAUGUAUCAGGACCUGGCUAACAAGGGGAUUUACUGCAAGAGUGAAGCAGAGUUCAGAGGUUAUAAUGUCUUGCUGAAUCUCAACAAAGGUGAUAUUCUCAGGGAAGUACAGCAGUUUCAUCCAGAGGUUCGAAACUCUCCUGAAGUUAGAUUUGCAGUUCAAGCUUUUGCUGCAUUAAAUAGCAACAACUUUGUGAGGUUUUUCAAGCUAGUGCGAGAAGCUUCCUACCUGAAUGCCUGUAUCUUACACUGUUAUUUCAGUCAGAUUCGCAAAGAUGCUCUCAAAUGUCUCAAUGUUGCCUACACUGUGAGCACUCAGCGCUGCACGGUGUUUCCCUUGGAUCACCUGGUCCGCAUGCUGCUCUUCAAAGACUCUGAGGAGGCCGCCGACUUCAUAAGUUACUACGGUCUGAGCGUGUCUGACGGUGCCUAUGUGGAGCUGAACCGCUCAGCUUUCCUGGAGCCAGAUGGAUUGCCCAAGCCACAUAAGUCCAUAUUUGUCAGCCAGAAGCUAACCAUCUCGGUUGGGGAAGUUGUCAAUGGUGGGCCCCUGCCCUCUGUGCCUCACCACGUGCCUGUGUCCAGCUUCAACGGACAGAACAAGUACACAGGUGGAAGCACUGCUGUGGAUCAAGCUGGUAGCUGCCAAAAAUCCAGCAUGGAAGCAACAGAAGGAAGAGCGGAAAGCAAAGGUGUGGAUUUAGAUGCUGCUGCUGUAAGAGCCCAGCCCCUCACUCACCUCCUGCCCUCGCUACUACCUCGUCAGCUUACGCCUGUGCUGUCUGCUGCACAGGCAGUCUCCCAACCUGCUGGGCAACCUGAGCCUCUCUCUACAAAGCCUCAGCCCAUCUACACAGACACAGACAUCGCCGAGGUGGUGGACGGGCUUGUGCAGGACGUCCUCAAAGGAGAGUGUAGAGAAGUUGGCAGAGCAGGAGCAGAUUACGUCACUGCUGCCAUCUGCACCUCGGAGGCCACUGUGGAGGAACUUGUGACUGAAGUGAUGGGGGAGAUCCUCAGGCGAGUGUCUGGAAGCGUGCUGAGCACAGAGAGGGAGCGUGUCAAAGAGGAGAGGCGCAGAGUGGAGGAAGAGAGGCAAAAGCAGGAAAGAGAGCAGUUAAUCAAACAGUUGAGCCAGUUGGUGGGUAUGGAGUUAAUGGAAGAAGUAAUAAAGGAGAGCAUUCAAGAAGCUUCAGAGAAUGAGUUAAAACAUGCUAUAGAGAGAGACCGCCAAGCACGGAUUGCCCGCUGCUCAGAGGAAGUCUGUGGCCAUGUCAUGGACCUCUUCCUGGAGGAGGAGAUUUUCCAGAUUGCCAAGGAAACCCUGCAGGAACUCCAGUGCUUCUGCAAAUACUUGCAGCGGUGGAGGGAGGCAGUGGCAGCUCGAAGGAAGCUGAAACGUCAAAUGAGGGCGUUUCCAGCUGCUCCCUGCUGUGCAGAUCCCAAAAACCAACUGAAGGCCCUGUCCCCCAGUGCUGAGUGGCCUAUAGCCAUGGAGAACUUGUGCAAGAGAAUUGUAAACCUGGGGAACGGAGGAAAGCUGGGCAUUUCUUGCACAAGGUUAAAUUGGCAGAGAAAAAGAACAGUGCAUGAAAUGAAAGUUCAGCACUUCUACCAGCAAUUGUUGAGUGAUUUAGCUUGGACCCCCCUGGAUCUCAUUGCACUAAUCACUGAACACAUUCCAGUUCAACAAGAACAGGUUUUUUGGAAGGCGCUGUUGGUUUUGCCAAAUGAUGAUGAAUAUGCAGAGGAUGAUCCCAACAAGGUACUGGUGGAUUGGUUGAAAGCUAAAUUUAUGGGAGACAAAAGCUGGAAGAAAAACUCUCUUCAUACAGAAGGCAGAAUUCAAACUCUCACGUUAUUUAACUCUGCUGGCAUGCAAGGCAGCAGAAGCAUUAAAAUCAGUGUGUGUGUCAAGGUGGCACACGGUGCACUCUCUGACUCUGAGCUUGACAAGGCUGAGACACAAAAGGACUUGCUUGGAACCAGUGGCCUCAUUCUCCUCCUGCCCCCUCGAGUUAGGAGUGACAGUGUUGCAGAAGAUGAUGUUUACUGGCUUUCAGCUUUGCUGCAGCUCAAACAAUUGCUUCAGGCCAAACCUUUCCACCCGAUAGUUCCUCUGGUGGUUCUAGUCCCUGGUCAGGAAGAAGAGGCCACUGAGAAAGAGGUAGAAGAAGGUUUGAUGCUGCAGGACUUGAUUUCAGCCCAGCUCAUCUCCACCUACACCAUUGUUGAGCUCUCAGGUUCUAUCAAUGACUUACAAGGCACCAGAAAGAUCUCUGCAGCUGUGGGCUGGCUGGUUUCCCAGUGCCCUGACUCCCUCGAGCUCUGCAGUCAGACCCUUCGGGAGUAUGUCGAGGAUGGGAUUGAUGGUGAAUUUGGCAAACGCUUCUACCGUGACUGGAAGGAGAGGCGUUCAGCUGGCCUGCCGUCCCAGGAGCCUGGGGCCAUUAUAGAGCUGUACAACACUGUGCUGCAGUUUCUUUCAGAUGUGGCAUCCUCAGAGCACCUUUGUGACUUGUCUUGGCCUGUUACAGAGUUUUCAGAGCCUGGGGGUAACAAACUGUUGCCCCACCUGCAGUGGAACACGCCUGAUCACCUGGCCUGGCUGAAAAAGGCGGUGCUGUCCUUCCAGAUCCCGUACCUCGAUCUGCCUCCCUUAGGUGCUCCUUGGCGUCCUGUUUGCCGCAUGAUUUGCCAGUAUGUGUCUCAGAUUGCUAGUUCUUCCCACACUCAACCACUGAUCCAGUCUCAAGUGGAGAAUUUGCUGAGCAAAACUUACCAGAAGUGGAAAAACAAUACAUCUGGGAACUCUGAUGAAGAUGGACCUUCUGUUGAUGAGAUCCCUUGGGAUGACCUCCUGGCAGUCUGCAUUGAUCAUAAACUGAGAGACUGGAAACCACCCAAGCUGCCUAUUGCUCCAGAAGCAGUAAGUGAAGAUGGUGAGAUUCGUGUGUACUUCUUCAAGGAGCAUCUAAAGAACUUCACUCUCCCUUUUUCCUGGGAGCAAGCCAGGCUGCGCACGCAGGAGGAGAUCCGGCGAGACCAGGAGAGGACAAGGGUAAAAUCUCCCAACUCUUCUAAGAAAACCUACAACAUGUCCAUGUUGCCACGUCCAUAUGGCUCUGGCCUCAGCACGCUCUCGGGUCCAGAGAAGAGCAUUCCCAGUGCGGAUGAAUUCACAGACAUGGCCUUGGCCCAGGAGUUACUCCCAGAACGUCUGUUGAUGCAGUUGCAACUGGAGAAAAUAGAAAGCAGGAGGUUUGAAGAACAGUUACAGCAAUGUCUAGCUGAGGACAUUGAGCCCCUCGGUGAUUAUGUAGGUCUUCCUCUUUACCUCCCCCAGUCUCUGGUCUCCACUCCAUCCGUCACCUGUCCAUUGAUGAAGAGUUCCACGACAUCUGCUCAGGAGGCUGAGACUCAAGAAGAGUGCAAACCUUUGGCAGAGGAGCAGAGACCCACGCUGUCAGACAGACUGAAACACUUGCAGUGGCUUCUCAGAGCAAACAAGGAGGGUGAAGCUGCCUCCGAGCUUCAUCUGUCUGCACUGGUGGACAUGGUGGAUAUCUGAGCAGGGCUGAGAUACCCAUGCAGGCCAAGAGGCCUUGGAAAGACCUCUGGGUCCACGAGAUUGACAAAGGAGCCUGUCGGGCACAUUCCAGAAGAUGCAGGUCUCUCAGGAGGAGGACAGAGUAGACGUGGGAUCUGGUCUCUUCUUGUGUACUGUGCCUUGUGGUGUCCCUUUGACUUGCUGGUCAGCUCUGACUGCUUGGAGACUCCCUCCUGUGCUGCUUCCCAGGCAUGGAGACGAGCCAGAUGCUUUUCUUGGAAGGCCUUGAACUGAUGCUUAGUUGUGAUUGUUCUUUCUGCCAGCUGUCAGUGUGGGUAAACAUUACUUCACCAGGAGAAAACUGUAAGGGAGUAGGGGCCCUGGGGAGCAAUUUGUUUUCAUAGACAAAACCCCAGUACUGCUGUCCCAGCUCUGCUUGCCUGCUUCCUGCAGGACUGCCUUCAGCGGGGCUUGAAGUGGCUGGUUUGUUGCUGGGAAGGUCAGUGCUGCUGUUCUCAGUAGGGUGACACUUGGCCCUGUGUUGUACCUGAUGCUGCUCAGUGCAAAUCCAGAAGGCGUUGUGUGCUGCUGUGCUCAAGUUUUAUUGUAUUGAAUAUUUGCAGCAUUAAAACCAGGUAGGUUGCUUAUUGUAGAGAUCAGUCAUCAUGCUAGAAAGAAGGUUAUGUUCUUCAGGGAACUGCAGUGGAGAAAGGGUUUUGCAUCUCUGGAAGAGCAGAUUACCUGCAGUCUCCUGUUUAAAUAAACUGUGCUUUUGGAAGUCGAA